AUGGGGUCCGUCGCCGACGACUCGGAGGAGGUGAGCACCGUGGGGGAGGCCUCGCGGAUGGUGUGGGAGGAGUCCAAGCGCCUCUGGGGCAUCGGCACGCCCAUCGCCAUCGCCACGCUCAGCAUGUACGCCGUCAGCUCCGUCACCACCAUCUUCGUCGGCCACCUCGGCAACCUGCCCCUCGCCGCCGCGUCCAUCGGCCUCUCCGUCUUCGCCACCUUCGCCCUCGGAUUCCUGCUCGGCAUGGGGAGCGCGCUGGAGACGCUGUGCGGGCAGGCUUUCGGCGCCGGUCAGGUGGCCAUGCUCGGCGUCUACCUGCAGCGCUCCUGGAUCGUCCUCAUCGGCGCCGCGCUCCUCAUGGUGCCCUUCUACGUCUUCGCCGAGCCGCUGCUGCUGGCCCUCGGCCAGGACCCCGAGGUCGCGCGCGAGGCCGCCCGCUUCGCGCUCUACAUCCUGCCCGGCGCCUUCUCCUUCGCCGUCAACUUCCCCACCGCCAAGUUCCUCCAGGCGCAGAGCAAGGUCCUCGUGCUCGCCUGGAUCGGCAUCGCCGGCCUCUGCUUCCACGUCGCGGUCACCUACGUCCUCGUCACCGUCCUCGGCUGGGGCUCCGCGGGCGCAGCCCUCGCCUACGACCUCUCGCUCUGGGCCAUCGCGCUGGGCCAGGCGGCUUACAUCAUCGGCUGGUGCAAGGACGGCUGGAGGGGCUGGUCCAUGGCGGCGUUCAACGACAUGUGGGCCUUCGUCAGGCUCUCGCUGGAGUCCGCCGUCAUGCUCUGCCUUGAGAUUUGGUACCUCGGCAUGAUCACCGUCCUCACCGGCGACCUCCAGGACGCGCAGAUUGCCGUCGACUCGCUUGGCGUCUGCAUGAAUAUAAACGGAUGGGAGGGUAUGAUCUUCAUCGGCCUCAACGCUGCUAUCAGUGUUCGGGUCUCCAAUGAGCUGGGCUCUGGCCGUCCAAGGGCGGCGAUGCACGCCGUCAUCGUUGUCAUCGGCGAGUCGUUGCUCAUUGGGCUGCUCUGCAUGGCCCUCGUGUUGAUCUUCAGAGACAACUUCGCCAGCAUCUACACUAGCGAUGUGGAGCUCCGGCAGGCCGUCUCCAAGAUUGCAGGACUGCUUGGCUUGACCAUGGUGCUCAACAGCGUGCAGCCUGUGCUUUCAGGGUGGCCAUUGGAGGAGGAUGGCAAGGCCUUGUUGCAUACAUCAACCUUGGCUGCUACUACAUUUUCGGGUUGCCAUUGGGAUAUCUCCUCGGCUACAAGUUCAACUAUGGAGUUGGGGGAUUUGGGCUGGCAUGCUUUGCGGGGUUGCACUUCAGACAUUGAUUUUGCUCGUCAUAGUGUGGAGAACAGAUUGGAACGCAGAGGCGGCGCUAGCUUCAAGCCGUGUCCGAAAGUGGGGUGGCACCGAAGCAACCAAACCUCUCCUGGAAGAGAAUUAGAUCACAUAAGCAUUUGUUUAUCUCCCCCUUUAUUCUUUAACAUUGUUCGUCUUUGUACUGAUCACACCAUAUACCAUGGAAAUUCUUCGAGUAUCAAUAGGGUAUGGUAA